AUUAUUGUUUAAGAAAAACAAAACAGGAGAGAGAUCAAUGGAGGAGCCAAAAUGGCUGGAAGGUCUCUUGAGAACAAACUUCUUCAGCAUUUGCCCUCAACACCGUGAGACACCGCGAAAUGAGUGCAACAUGUUCUGUCUCUCCUGUCAAAACGCUGCGUUUUGCUUCUACUGCCGCUCCUCCUUUCACAUUGACCAUCCCGUUCUUCAGAUAAGAAGAUCUUCAUAUCAUGAUGUGGUUAGAGUAUCGGAGAUAGAGAAGGCAUUGGACAUAAGAGGAGUGCAAACUUAUGUCAUCAACAGCGCAAGGGUUCUCUUCUUAAAUGAGAGACCUCAGCCUAAGAACUCCUCCCAUGGCGCCGCCUCCUCAACCCCGAAAACCAUGUCCUAUUUCUGUGAGACAUGUUGCAGAACCCUUCUUGAUCCCUUUCGCUUCUGUUCCUUGGGUUGCAAGGUUGAAGGAAUGAGGAAGAAUAAGGAAGAGGAAGAAGAAAGAUUGCGUAAAGAAAGACAACAAGAAACGCACAAAGGCACGCAUCCUCCAACGCAUACCUCUAAUUCUAGGCGACGAAAAGGCAUUCCUCAUAGAGCUCCUUUGGCCUCCUAAUUUAAUCAAUCUUUUUCAAGAAA